AUGCCAGAAGGACUAGCAGAAAUGCUUAUGGAUACAUGGGCUCCAUUAGUAAUAUUAUGGAUUACUGCAUUUCCAUCAAUAUACAUGGCUCCAAUGAAUCAUUCUCAAGUUCUACCCAGUAGGUCCAGUAGAGGACUAAAUGAACUCAGUGAAGAACAAAGAGUAUUAAACCGCUCAAAGAGAGGCUGGGUAUGGAAUCAAAUGUUUGUGUUAGAAGAAUUUUCCGGACCUGAACCUAUAUUAGUUGGACGGCUACACACGGACAUGGAUCCAGGAAGCAGUAAGAUCAAGUACAUCUUGUCAGGCGAUGGUGCUGGGACUAUUUUUGUGAUCAAUGACAAGACAGGAGACAUCCAUGCCAUGAAAAGACUUGACCGGGAGGAAAAAGCAGAGUACACGUUGACUGCUCAAGCAGUCGAUAGGGAUACAAACAAACCACUGGAGCCUCCUUCAGAAUUCAUUAUUAAGGUCCAAGAUAUUAAUGACAACCCACCAGAAUUUGUAGAUGGCCCAUAUCAUGCAACUGUUCCAGAAAUGUCUCUUGUAGGUACUUAUGUUACUAAAGUAACAGCCACCGAUGCAGAUGAUCCUGUUUAUGGAAACAGUGCCAAGCUAGUCUACAGCAUUUUGGAAGGACAACCUUAUUUUUCAGUUGAGCCACACACAGCUAUCAUCAAAACUGCUCUUUCAAACAUGGACCGGGAAGCCAAAGAGGAAUAUACCGUGGUCAUCCAAGCAAAGGAUAUGGGUGGACACAUGGGUGGACUUUCUGGAACCACCACAGUGACUAUUACCCUGACUGAUGUCAAUGACAAUGCUCCAAAGUUUGCACAAAGUUUGUAUCAUUUCUCAGUAUUGGAAGACAUUGCUGUCGGCGAAGCAAUAGGAAGGGUUAAAGCAAAUGACCUGGACAUUGGUGAGAAUGCGAAGUCAUCCUAUGACAUUAUUGAAGGAGAUGGAAUGGAUAUCUUUGAGAUCACCUCUGACUCUCAAUCUCAGGAAGGCAUUAUUAGAUUAAGAAAGCCCUUGGAUUUUGAGACCAAAAAUUCAUAUACUCUGAAGAUAGAAGCAAGUAAUGUCUAUAUUGAUCCACGUUUCAUCAGCAUGGGACCCUUCAAAGAUACGGCAACAUUAAAAAUUGUAGUGGAAGAUGCUGACGAACCCCCUGUCUUUUCAUCACCAACUUAUCUGCUGGAAGUGCACGAAAAUGCGGCUAUUAACUCCGUGAUUGGUCAGGUGACCGCCCACGAUCCAGACGGAUCUUCAAGCUCUAUAAGGUUUUCCAUCGAUCGGAACACUGACCUUGAGAGACAAUUCAACAUUAAUACUCAAGAUGGAAAGAUAACAUUGGCCACACCGCUGGACAGAGAAACUAGCACAUGGCAUAAUAUAACCAUUGUAGCAAUGGAAGAAAGAAAUCCCAGUCAAAUAUCUCGAGUACCUGUUGCUAUCAAAGUUCUUGAUGUAAAUGACAACGCUCCUGAACUUGUAUCCGGGAAUGAAGCGUAUUUAUGCGAAAAUGGAAAAACUGGAAAAGUAAAUAUGCCUUGGUUCUUCGCCCUGAGCAGCUGGGAUCAGGGAAACCCAGCUUCAAACCAACAUUUGAGUCACCAUAUUGGCCCCAACAAUCUGGGUCAUAAUUUUACCAACCUCAGAAAGAUGAAAGAUAAUACGUUCAACAUUUUGACCAAACGCAAUGGAUUCAGCCGGCAGAAACAAGAAGUCUAUUUUUUACCCAUCAUCAUCAGUGACAGUGGGAAUCCUCCAAUGAGUAGCACUAGUACUCUUACCAUUAAAGUCUGUGGCUGCAGCAAUGAUGGCAUUGCCCAGUCAUGCAAUGCUGAAGCUUAUGUUCUCCCAAUCGGUCUCAGCAUGGGUGCUUUAAUAGCAAUUCUGGCCUGCAUCAUUUUGCUUUUAGUCAUUGUGGUGCUUUUUGUAACAUUAAGGAGACAUAAGAAUGAACCUCUGAUUAUUAAAGAUGAUGAAGACGUGAGAGAAAACAUCAUCCGGUACGAUGACGAAGGGGGUGGUGAAGAGGACACCGAAGCGUUCGACAUCGCGACGUUGCAGAACCCAGACGGAAUAAAUGGAUUUUUACCCCGUAAGGAUAUUAAACCUGAUCUUCAAUUUAUGCCCAGGCAGGGCCUGGCACCAGUCCCUAAUGGGGUUGACGUUGAUGAAUUUAUCAACGUUAGACUCCACGAGGCUGAUAAUGACCCCACAGCUCCUCCAUAUGACUCAAUCCAGAUAUAUGGUUAUGAGGGAAGAGGAUCGGUGGCUGGUUCCUUAAGUUCUUUAGAGUCAUCAACUUCAGACUCAGAUCAAAAUUUUGACUACCUCAGUGAAUGGGGACCCCGUUUUAAAAGACUUGGGGAAUUAUAUUCAGUGGGGGAAAGUGACAAAGAAACUUGACAGUGGAUUACAAAUGUUCACUUUUUUUCCCAGUCUUUGACUUAAAACUCUCAUGUAAUAUU